AUGAAAGAUAGUAAAAAGGCGGUGAGCAAGAACACCAGCUCCAAGCUCCUGAGAAAGGGUAACUACGCUGAGCGUGUGGGUGCCGGAGCGCCGGUCUAUCUGGCUGCGGUGCUCGAGUACCUGACGGCUGAAAUCCUCGAGCUGGCCGGUAACGCGGCCCGGGACAACAAGAAGACCCGCAUCAUCCCCAGGCACCUCCAGUUGGCCGUGCGCAACGACGAGGAGCUCAACAAGCUGCUGGGAGGGGUGACCAUCGCUCAGGGCGGGGUGCUGCCUAAUAUUCAGGCCGUGCUGCUGCCCAAGAAAACCGCCGCUGGGGGCGCCACUAAAAAGUGAAGAGACCGUUCUGUAACUUGAC